CAGCUUCUCUCCGUCGAAUUCUUCCUCUGCCUCCAAGAAACAGCGCCCUCGAUCAAUCAUCAGUUGCUGAGAUUGAUCGCCAAUCAGCAUCUUCGAUCCGCCAAUGGAAAACGGCAUGGAGUGGAGCAGAGGCGACGUCGUCGGCCGCGGCAGCUUCGCCACCGUCAGCCUCGCCUUCGUCCACGAACCCUGCCGGUGGCAGCUCCCCUCCGUGGUGGCCGUUAAGUCCGCGCCGCUGUCCUUGUCGGGUUCCCUCCGCCACGAGUACUCUGUGCUCGGUCAACUCCAAGGGUGCCCCCAAAUCGUGCGCUGCUUCGGAGAUGAGGUCGUCGUCGAUGAGGCUACCGGAGUUCAGUCUUAUAACCUCUUCCUCGAGUUCGCCGACGGCGGAAGCCUUCAGGACGCUGUCCGCCGGUCCGGCAGAGGACUCGGGGAGCCGACCAUUAGACGGCAUGCGCGCUCGCUCCUCCGUGGAUUGGAGUACAUCCACGCCCGUGGCUACACGCACUGCGACAUCAAGUUGCAGAACAUCCUCGUCGUCGGCAGUGGCGGCGAUGACAUCGUGAUAGCGGAUUUCGGACUGGCCCACAAGAUCGGGGAGAAUUCCGUCAGAGGAAUUCGCGGAACCCCUCUCUACAUGGCACCGGAGUCUGCAGCGGGGGCCGAGUGCGCCGCGCCAGCUGACGUUUGGGCGCUCGGAUGCGCAGUGGCGGAGAUGGCAUCCGGGAGGCCGGUGUGGGCGAGCUCCGGAUGCAGAGAUCCCUGGGGUUUGCUCUUCGCGAUCGGGUUCGGCGCGGCGUCGCCGGAGAUUCCCGAAGAGUUGUCAGAGGAAGGGAAGGAUUUCCUGCGGCGGUGCUUCAUCAAGGACCCACAGCGGCGGUGGACGGCGCAGAUGCUGCUGCGGCACCCGUUCGUGGCGCAGGAAGACGAUCUAAACCGUUGCGGUCCGGCGGAGGAUGAGUCACCGAGGAGCGUCCUCGGCUUGUCAGAUUGGCCGUCUCCGAGAUCAGCAUCCGAUUCAAACGAUUUCGCUCUGAAAAAUUCAACAGAACUAGAUAAAGAUGCUUCUUUCCCUUCCCCAGCUGAUCGCGUGAAGGAAAUGGCAAUAACUCAAUGUCCAAAUUGGGCUGCAUCUUCAUCAUCCGAUGUGUGGAUCGACGUGAGAUGCUCUGUUUUAGAGGAAAACGACUCGAACCUUGAGGAGACGAUAAGCAGAGAAGGCUGCAGAACAGCAGCAGAUGGGGACACGGAAUUUGACAACGUGGGAUCUUCUGCAACAUUUCAGCUUUCUUUGCCGUCUUUCGGUUCACAGAGUGCAGAAAGAAUAGAUUGUGGUUUUGAUUCGAGCAGAAUUGUUGAUUCAGAAGUUGGUGUUCAUUGUACGAAGAGCAGUUCAUCAGGACAGAGUUUUAAGAUGAUCUGUCUCCACUCCAUUCAUUGAGAAUUGAAGGUUGUAAAUUUCAUUCAACUUAAAUUGAUCUCAAGUACAGACAAUUUUGAUGCAAUUCUCACUUUAAAAU